CUGUGCUUUCCUCCUCACAGUGUUGUUUUGCCCCGCUGUCGAUGAUAUUUACCGAGCAUGCGCACAUCAUUCUUUCUUUUCCCAGUGCAGCGGAGUCAAAACUCCCUAGUUUGACUCCAGGCUCCGGCUUAGGAGACUGAAAAGUCUACAAAAUGGGAUUUGUAAAAGUAGUGAAGAACAAGGCCUACUUCAAGAGGUACCAGGUGAAGUUCAGGAGAAGGAGAGAGGGAAAAACUGAUUACUUUGCCCGAAAGCGCCUGGUUAUUCAAGACAAGAACAAGUACAACACACCCAAGUAUAGGAUGAUUGUCCGCUUCUCCAACAGGGACAUCAUAUGCCAGAUUGCCUAUGCCAAGAUUGAGGGUGACAUGAUUGUGUGUGCGGCCUACUCCCAUGAGCUGCCCAAGUACGGCGUCAGUGUGGGUUUGACAAAUUAUGCUGCAGCCUACUGCACUGGGCUGCUGCUCGCCCGCAGGCUGCUGAACAAAUUUGGCCUUGACAAGGUAUAUGACGGCCAGGUGGAGAUCACCGGGGAUGAGUUUAAUGUGGAGAGCAUUGAUGGACAGCCUGGAGCUUUCACCUGCUACCUGGAUGCAGGACUUGCCAGAACCACCACUGGCAAUAAGGUGUUCGGAGCCCUGAAGGGAGCGGUGGAUGGAGGUCUCUCCAUUCCUCACAGCACCAAGCGAUUCCCAGGCUAUGAUACUGAGAGUAAGGAGUUCAAUGCAGAGGUCCACCGCAAGCACAUCCUGGGCCUGAACAUCGCAGAGUACAUGAGAUACUUGAUGGAGGAGGAUGAGGAUGCGUACAAGAAACAGUUCUCUCGCUUCAUCAAGAACGGCGUUACCGCUGAUUCAAUGGAGGAAAUGUAUAAGAAGGCACACGCAGCCAUCCGGGAGAACCCAGUGCACGAAAAGAAGCCCAAGCGGGAAGUCAAGAAGAAGAGAUGGAACCGUGCCAAGCUCACACUGGCUCAGAGAAAAGACCGUGUUGCCCAGAAGAAGGCCAGCUUCCUUCGGGCUCAAGCUGCAGAGGAGGACUAGAGCUCGAUUCUGCUUGCUUCCUCGUAUUUGUGCAGAAAUCCUUUGUUCUAAUAAAUAUUUCAGAAAAGAC